AUGUCACCUUUCUGUGAAAUUCCUAUCUCUCUUUCUCUCUCUCUCUCAGAUGAUAACUAUUUUUAUCAUAUGCCAAACUCUCAAGACAACCCAUAUCUACAUUCCACAAUGAACGGUGUCAAUGUGGAAGGUGCUACUCAUAGACAAGUAGUGGACCUCAUAAAAUCUGGUGGGGAUAAUCUGACUCUAACAGUGAUCUCUGUUCCUGAACGGGUUGCUGAAAGGUUAGAGCCAAGUGAUGAUUCUUCAGGUCCUUCCCUCAUUGACUAUUCUGAACGCCGUUCACUUCCUAUCUCCAUACCUGACUACCAGACAGUUGAUAACAAUGGAGAAAAAUAUGUGGUCUUCAACAUAUAUAUGGCUGGAAGACACUUGUGCUCACGCAGGUACAGAGAAUUUGAUUGUCUUCAUGGCCAGUUAAAAAGAGAAUUUGCAGAUUUCAAUUUUCCCAAACUUCCUGGCAAAAAAUUAUUCACAUUGUCCGACCAACAGCUGGAUGCCAGACGCCGAGGACUUGAGCAGUAUCUGGAAAAAGUUUGUGCUGUUCGAGUAAUUGGAGAGAGUGAGACCAUGCAAGAAUUCCUGGCAGCCAGCGAUUCCAAUUUAGAAAAUGGUGGAUGCAGUGAAGUGGAAUUAAAAGUCUCAUUGCCUGAUCAUUCACUGUGUGUUGUUACGAUACGAAGGACUGACAACACUGACAAAGUAUAUCAGGGUUGGCAGUUUCUUAGAGUAAAUGAAAAGAGUGUAUGUGUACUUGGGGGAGGGAUUUUUAAAAUUCUUAUUUUUCUUUCUUUUUUUUUUCUUUCUUUCUUUCUUUCCUUUUUUCUUUCUUUCUUUCUUUUUUUCUUUUUUUCUUUCCUUUUUUUUUUUUCUUUUUUUUUUCUUUCUUUUUUCUUUUUCUAUUUUUCUUUCUUUCCUUUUUCUUUCUUUCUUUCCUUUUUCCUUUCUUUCUUUCCUUUUUUCUUUCUUUCUUUCCUUUUUUUUUCUUUUUUCUUUCUUUUUCUUUCUUUCUUUCCUUUUUCUUUCUUUCUUUCCUUUUUUCUUUCUUUCUUUCCUUUUUUCUUUCUUUCUUUCCUUUUUUCUUUCUUUCUUUCCUUUUUUCUUUCUUUCUUUCCUUUUUUCUUUCUUUCUUUCCUUUUUUCUUUCUUUCUUUCCUUUUUUCUUUCUUUCUUUCUUUUUUCUUUCUUUUUUCCUUUUUCUUUUUUCUUUCUUUUCUUCUUUCCUUUUUCUUUUUUCUUUCUUUUCUUCUUUCCUUUUUCUUUUUUCUUUCUUUUCUUUUUUUCUUUUUCUUUUUUCUUUCUUUCUUUCUUUCCUUUUUUCUUUCUUUCUUUCUUUCCUUUUUUCUUUCUUUCUUUCUUUCCUUUUUUCUUUCUUUCUUUCUUUCCUUUUUUCUUUCUUUCUUUCUUUCCUUUUUUCUUUCUUUCUACUGAUUUUAUUGCCAAGAAAAUAGAAAUUAUUUUAUUUUUAUUUUUGGCAUUAUUUAGAAUGUCAGCCGUUGUUAACAAACUACAGUUGGACAGUACAUCAGCUAAAUUCUUUUAUCUUUUUGAAACAGUUGAUUAUAACUUUGAAAGAAAAUUACAACCUCAAGAAUUGCCCCACAAUAUUUAUAUUCAGAAUUACAGUACAGCCACAGCCACUUGUAUAGCAUUGAGAAAGUGGGUUUUUUCAUUGGCCCUUGAAUUGCAGCUCAGUUUCAGUGAAUAUGUUAACAACUUGCUAUAUUGGCAGGCUGUGGAUGAUGUGAGUCGAAGUUUGAUAAAACCUGGAGACAGACUGUAUGAACUGAAGGCUCUGCAGGAAUCAGGCAAGACUAAUGAGUAUUUGAAAUUGGCUCGACGAUUGGAAGCUUAUGGUGAAAUUGUCUUCCCACACUGUGCGUGCGACUCCCGCAAGGAUGGUCAUGUGAUGGCAAGUGUAGGGAUCCGUGCCUUCCGCCUGCAAGCCUGCAAAGAAGAUGGAUCCAUUGAACCCCAGGUUGUAGAAAUAAAAUGGUCCGAUAUAAAGAAUUAUGAAAUAGAUGAUGAAUCCAUGUCGUUUAAUUUUGAAUAUUUCCGGCCAAGCAAGAAGUCAAGACUAGUUCGAAUUUAUUCCACCUAUUUUGUAUAUAUGUAUGAUAGUUUUGAAAGAAUAUUUGAAGAACUGGAUUGGCAAAAAGAGCCACUCAAGCUUGGCUUUACAGUAAACCAAACAUCUGCAGAAAGUGAAGAUACUGACAGAGUCAUUGAUGGCCACUGA